GCGCAAGAGCCGUCGCCGGCCCUUCGACCGGAAAUCAGCCGCCCCUCCCACCUUCGACCGGAAAUCACUUCCUGGGACUUUUCACUGUGGGCUGCUUCUUCCAGCGUUUUUUUGGUGGCGUUUAUUUCAUGAUCUGAGCCCCUCUGGGGAGGUGAACCACCUGGGUGCUCGAUUUUAGCUUUGUUGACUUUGAAGAUUAGAUUGACAAAAAUUAAAAGGGAAAAACAGGAACUCCUCCGGUUCACUGGAUCUCGCGAGGUGGCCAAACAACUAGGAAAACAAAACGUUAGCGUUUGCAGUAUUACAUCCCUCACAGCCUCUCUUACAUAUUUGCCCCCAACGCCUUUCCUCGAACUCAGAAACCAAAAGAUUUUAAGGUGGCAAAAUCAGCUAAUAAUAGCCUAGCUAUUAGUUUAGCAUUUGCUGUGGAAAUAUGUCAGCAGACAAGGAAAAAUGCCUUAGGAUUCCUUUUUAAAAUUCGAACUUGUGAUUUUUAAAGUUCCUUAAAAGCUAGAACUUAAUUUUUCAAUAACUGAAAUGCUGAUAUGACAGAAAGUGGGUGGCUAUAAACUGGAAUUUGUUCAAUUAACAUUUACCACGAUACUUAAGGGACUAACCCAGUCCUCAAUGAACUCAACAUCUGGUACUAUUAGCCUGAUUAUCCCUAAUGGUGCAUAUCUGAAUAAUUUUUAAAUGCACGUGUAAGCUUUCAUGACGAUUUAGUCACAAGUUUAACAAAAUUCAGCACAGUGCUCUAAGCAGGGAAAAUGUUUCUGGCAUGUUCAAAGCCCGAAGGGACUCUGGAAGUAGGGUUUGAUUCCCAAGCUGGCCCCUUUAUACCCCUAACGCCUAUCCCUCCAACCCCCAUCUCCCAUCCUAACGGAGUCAAUAAAGGGAUCGGCCCAACUCGUCCACUAGAGCAGUCUCCUUCAUCGUGAGUCAAGCCUUCUUAAUUAUAAUGUGGUCAGUCUCCAGGUAGAGAGGCAUGGAUAAUCACCCUGAGGACCUGUGAGAGAUCCAGGAGCUUAAAAAAAAUUGGAGAGCGGGGAAGAGGGAAUGGCUAGGUCCCUCUGACUUGUCCACACUGAUCCUUCAGGUUUACCUAUCCUGGUACUUGUUCCAUUGGAGGCUUCAGCGGCUAGUUUCUGCUCUGUGGUUACCAAUGACACAGGAGCUGAGCUUCCAAAAAUUUAUUGAACAAUCUGACUUACUAGGAGAACUUAAAUAUGACUUCAAUGAAAAGGAUGAAUUCAGACACACUGAGACACAAAGGCCUUUUGUCUUUAACUAUUAUGAAAAUGUCCUUGAGAAAAAUAGCAAGCGCUACCAGGCCCUUGGCCAUUUGCUUGAACAAUACAUUUAUGAGCUUUUGGAGAAAGUGUGCAAAUUAGAAAAAGUAUAUAUCCCACCUGAGGCUGAUAAAGAAGAACCAAGAAGCUUCUUUUUCAUGAGCGAGAAAGCAUUAACAAAUCACCAUUCUGCUCUUCUUAUCCUUCUUCAAGACCAUGGGGUCUUUCGAGCUGGUCAGUGGAGUCAACAGGCAAUAAUACAUCAUGGUCUCCAACAUGGAAGUCAGAUACCAUGUAUUCAAAUGGCAUUGCAGGCACACUAUGAUGUAAUUGUGCUAAACCCCAAUGAUAAUUUUGUGGAACCAAAGGUGGAGAAAGAGUGGAAAGGCCUUUUAACACAAAAUAUUGAGUCAUCUUCUCUAAAAAUGGUUCAAGGUGGGAGCUUUUUCUCUCUCCAGCAUCCUCCCAAAUGCAUUCCAAAAAGAUGCAGCAACACCCCCGAAGAACACACGGCUUACAUAUGGGAUUACUUCAUUUCAAAGACUGAAGGCAAGGAUAUUGCCUUCAUUGUACAUGGUUAUGGAGGCUUGGUUUUUAUGGACUUGCUUGUUCGUAGAAGGUGGGAAGUGAUGAGCAAAGUAUAUGCUGUUGCACUUAUCGACUCUGAACAUCAUGUAGGACACCAGCUGGGAAGUGAUGUACAAUUAUUAGCAUGGAUAAAGCACCACUGCCGUGAAUGGGUGACAAGUCCUAAGCCUUUGGAUAAACCUGCAGCUACUGUUUUCAAAAAGGAAUUUCCUAUGGUUUCUGCUGGUACAGAAAAGUACAUCUUAGCCCCUUCCUCUAGCCUUCAGUCAAUUUUUAAGUACUUUAAAAAAGCUUUAAAAGCCAGAACAACCAUUAAUUUCUCUCGAAUGCCAAUAGUGACUAGAAGCUCCACAAAAAGAAAGCAAAGUGCUUAAACUACUUUUGUCAUCUAAGAUUUUUUUGUCCUUCUGCAACUUUGCUAAUACAGAUUCUGGAAGAAAAAAGAACACUUUCAACUCACACACAAUAUGAUGUUCUGGCUUGAGGUUUGAUUUGUUACUUUUUAUUAUUUGGUUUUUAUGAGGCAGGGUCUGACUUUGCUGCCCAGGGUGGUAUGGAAAUCUGGCCUCAAGCGAACCUCCCACCUCAGCCUCCCAAAGUGCUGAGAUUAUAGGCAUUAGCCACUGCACAUGGCCAUGGCCAGGUUUGUUGCUUUUUUUUUUUGGAGGAGGAGGAGGAGUCUCUGUCACCCAGGUUGGAGUGCAGUGGCACCAUCUCAGCUCACUGCAACCUCCACCUCCCGGUUUCAAGCAGUUCUCCUGCCUCAGCCUCCCAAGUAGCUGGGACUACAGGCACAUGCCACCAAGCCCAGCUAAUUUUUGUAUUUUUACUAGAGAUGGGCUGUUCGCCAGGCUAGUCUAGGACUCUUGACCUCAGGUGAUCCACCCACCUUGGCCUCCCAAUGUGCUGGGCUUACAGGCAUAAGCCACUGCACCUGGCCAUUUUGUUGCUUUUUUGAAAAGUGAACAUAUUCUCUUUUGUAGCCUGUUGAUGAACUGGGAAUUCAGUGUCAUCAUUAAUAUUUUACAGUGUUAGUUAAGUGUGAAGAUCUUUCUUUUAAAAAGCUGUGGUUUGAUAUAAUGACAACAAAAUGGCAAUUGAUAAAAAUUAGAUAUUGAAUCAAUCUUUGAUUUCUAUAAUAAUACCAUAGUAAAAUUACAAGUGAACAUAAAAAUUAAACAUCAUAAGCAAACUGCAUUCUUUGUAUGUUUAUGUUUUUUGUUAAAAUUUGUUAUACUCCCUGUUCACCAGGUCUGAAGAAAAAUAAAUUUUAAAUAAAUUUGUUGGUCUUGUGUGUAUGUUCACUCACAUCUUCAACUAAUAUCUGAGUGCUUACUAUGUGCCAGUCAAGACUAGGUGUUUGGGACACCGUAGCAAACAACCCCAACAUUGCCUUUCUCUUUACAGAGUUUACAAUGGCUGAGAAAUUACAAAUGUGAAGAGUGUUAAAUAGUAAAGGAGACUGGGCGCGGUGUCUCAUACCUGUAAUCCCAGCACUUUGGGAGGCUGAGGUGGGCGGAUCAUCUGAGGUCAGGAGUUUGAGAUCAGCCUGGCCAACGUGGUGAAACCACAUCUCUACUAAAAAUACAAAAUUUAGCCAAGCAUGGUGGCGAGUGCCUGUAAUCCCAGCUACUUGGGAGGCUGAGGCAGGAGAAUCACGUGAAUCUGGGAGGCAAAAGUUGCAGUGAGCCAAGAUCGUGCCACUCCACUUCAACCGGGACGACAAGAGUGAAACUCCAUCUUAAAAAAAAAAAAAAAAAAAAAGGAAAGGGUGCCAUGGAGUAUCUACCAUGAGAGCUAACCAGCCUUGGGGUUCAGGGAAUAUUUCCCAAAGAAAAUGAUGCUUAGUUUGAAGAACAAUAGUAGUUGGCUAGGGGAACAAAGUCACAGGCAAAUGAACAGCCUAUGCAAAGGUGUUCAGGCAGGAGAAAGAAGGCUAGCUCAGCUACAGCUGAAAGACUGAGAAGGAGUAGUAUGUUCAGAAAUAAAUUAUUUAUGACACUUGUUGAUAUAGUUUAGAUGUGGAUAUUUGUUCCUACCCAAAUCUCAUGUUGAAUUGUAAUACCCAGUGCUGGAUGUGAGGCCCUGUAGGAGGUGUUUGUGUCAUGGGGGCAGAUCCCUCAUAGCUUGGUGCUGUCUUCACAAUAGUGAGUUCUAGUGAGAUCUGGUCAUUUGAAAGUGUGUGGUGCCUCCCCCACCCUCUCUCUCUCUUGCUCCUGCUCUGCCAUGUGAGUGGCCUGCUCCCCUUCACCUUCUACCAUGAAUAAAAGCUCCCUGAGGCCUUCCCAGAAGCCAAGCAGUUGCUAGUGCCAUGUUGCCUGUAUAGCCUCCAAAACCAUAAGCCAAUUAAACCCCUAUUCUUUAUAAAUUA